AUGGAAAAAGAAAUGGUUUAAUAACAGAAAACCAUCAUUUUAAAAACAUCCAUUAAGAUGUGCGUUAUACAACUUUAUGUACAGUGUCUGGCAGAAAAUAAUAAAAACCAAAAUAACAUUCCAACAACACAAAUGAAAAUAAUUAUAUUAAGACAAAAACCAUUUAAAUUAGAAUUUGGAACCAUCCUUGCCACUGAAACAUUGUACAAAAAUGUUCUAUCGACGCGUCCAAACUAGGCAGUCGCACCCAACCCCGCGUCCCUUUACUGCUCAGGAGCUUAGCAGCAAUGGGAUGAACUAAAAAUGCCAAAAGAAAAAAUAAGCUAUAUCCUUAGUAACAAACUGCUGUCCAUCGAUAAUGUGAUCAGAAAAAAUACGUACCGACGUACAUUAACAUUUUAUAUUACAUGAGCGACAGUAAUGCUGUUUUGAUUGGCUGCAUAUAAUCUCAUUAUAAUGUCCAAGUUAUGAACUGCAACAUUAUAUUGUUAUUAAAGGGGAAGGAAAGGUAAAAUCACUUAGGGCUGCCAAGUUGUUAGGCACCCCCUAUAGCCCAGGUUGGGGCUCCUCUUCUUUAAACAAUCUACCCGCCCAGGGUACACUUUGCGGAGCGUUGUGCCACCAUUUUCCCUUCUAGUAGGGUAGUACAGCCUGACAGGAACACCUGGCAGACAGGAAUAAGAUGGUGGCACAGUGCUCAGUGCCCCAGGGGUGGUGUGUUUUCUGAAUAAGAGGAGUGCCAGCUCAAGGUAGCAGAUAAGCAAUUAGAAUCACUGGGGGGUGGGGGCAACCCCCAAUUAUUUUACCUUUCCUUCUCCUUCAACAGGCAAUUUUAAGGAGAAAAUGCCAUCAUCCCUCAUGUAUUAUAAAGAAUAAUGUACCCCAACUAGAAUUUAAAAGGAUAGUCACCUAUAUAUUGGCCUAUAUAAAGGCACAGGUCAUCAGUGAGUUGCUCAAUGACUACUAUUAUCUAUAUCAUUUACAGUACUGAGUUUAUCAUGCCUAAUAUUAAACUCCAGGGCACAGAGAUGCCAUGGCUCAUCCUAUGUCAUGGCCAGAGGUUUCAUGGCUCUUUGUAUGUCUGGGCCCAAGAUCCCGUGGCUCUCCCUCUGUCAGGGCCCAAGAUCCCUUAGCUCUCCCCCUGUCAGGGCCCAAGAUCCCGUGGCUCUCCCCCUGUCAGGGCCCAAGAUCCCGUGGCUCUCCCCCUGUCAGGGCCCAAGAUCCCGUGGCUCUCCCCCUGUCAGGGCCCAAGAUCCCGUGGCUCUCCCCCUGUCAGGGCCCAAGAUCCCGUGGCUCUCCCCCUGUCAGGGCCCAAGAUCCCGUGGCUCUCCCCCUGUCAGGGCCCAAGAUCCCGUGGCUCUCCCCCUGUCAGGGCCCAAGAUCCCGUGGCUCUCCCCCUGUCAGGGCCCAAGAUCCCGUGGCUCUCCCCCUGUCAGGGCCCAAGAUCCCGUGGCUUUCCCCCUGUCAGGGCCCAAGAUCCCGUGGCUCUCCCCCUGUCAGGGCCCAAGAUCCCGUGGCUCUCCCCCUGUCAGGGCCCAAGAUCACUUAGCUCUCCCCCUGUCAGGGCCCAAGAUCCCGUGGCUCUCCCCCUGUCAGGGCCCAAGAUCCCAUGGCUCUCCCCCUGUCAGGGCCCAAGAUCCCGUGGCUCUCCCCCUGUCAGGGCCCAAGAUCCCGUGGCUCUCCCUCUGUCAGGGCCCAAUAUCCCGUGGCUCUCCCUCUGUCAGGGCCCAAGGUAGCAAUACAGUUUAGCUGCAGCCUUUUGUUGUUGUUACUACAACUCCCAGCAUCUCCUUUCAGCCUUCAGCUGCCGGGGAUGUCGAGAGUGGUAGUUUAGAAGCAGCUAAAUUGCCUCUGGAACCAUUCACCAUUUCUGAUAGUAAUGAAAUUAUCAAGCAAUAAUUAGAUACUGCAAUAUAAACCAUCUGUACAUUUAGGGGCAGUCUCAUCAGCCCUGUCCAGUGUAAUUUAGUUAUAAUUUCCACAUCCUUAAAAAAACGGAUGCCCUAAGGGGGGGCCACUGCUGAGGAUGGUGGGCAAUGAGCAAGUGAAGAGGAUGGUGGGCAAUGAGCAAGUGAAGAGGAUGGUGGGCAAUGAGCAAUUGAAGAGGAUGGUGGGCAAUGAGCAAGUGAAGAGGAUGGUGGGCAAUGAGCAAGUGAAGAGGAUGGUGGGCAAUGAGCAAGUGAAGAGGAUGGUGGGCAAUGAGCAAGUGAAGAGGAUGGUGGGCAAUGAGCAAGUGAAGAGGAUGGUGGGCAAUGAGCAAGUGAAGAGGAUGGUGGGCAAUGAGCAAUUGAAGAGGAUGGUGGGCAAUGAGCAAGUGAAGAGGAUGGUGGGCAAUGAGCAAGUGAAGAGGAUGGUGGGCAAUGAGCAAUUGAAGAGCCAUGGACCAAUGACCCCGGGAUAACAUCUUUAGUGCAGAAACAUCUCUGUCUGUAAAUCCGUAGCUAACUUUACAACAAUGCAGGUGAAGUAAUUGUCUACAAGAAUAAACACAAUUCUGUCUUGGUAUAACAAAUAUAAAGCGCCUGAAUAAUUAUAAUACAGAGGCAAUAAGUGCCAAAAUAUUUAUGGCACGUUACAUGGCAGCCUCCGAGUGGAGAGAAAGACACACAAAAAAAAAA